GGUGACACUGACACCCGCACCCACCCGUCGUGUAUUAUUUUGGUAUUCGUAUAAAUGUUUUCUACUCUUUCUCUCUAUUUUUAUUUCUUCCAAAUCUAAUUCGAAUCUUCGCCAGUUAAUCAACUUUGAGUAGAUAAGACUGGUGGAUGUGUCAUCUCUAAGAUUGAAGAUUAUUGUAUUUGGAAAAUAGUUUUGAGGUGAAGCCCUAAUCAUUACCAGCUUUACUAAUUUUAGCAAAUGGGGUCUGAAGGUCCUACAACACCGAUAACAACAAUUCAUGUGACAGGAUUUAAGAAGUUCCAUGGAGUUUCAGAGAAUCCAACAGAAACUAUUGCCAACAAUUUGACAGAGUACAUGAAUAAGAAGGGUCUGCCGAAGGGUUUAGUUAUUGGGAGCUGCAGCAUUCUUGAGACGGCUGGUCAAGGAGCACUUGUUCCACUCUACCAGAGAUUACAAUCCGCCAUUAUUGCCAAGGACUCUCAAUCUUCAAAUUCCAAUAGAAUUAUUUGGCUGCAUUUUGGAGUUAACAGUGGUGCAACAAGGUUUGCUAUAGAGAACCAAGCUGUCAAUGAGGCUAAUUUCCGGUGCCCCGAUGAAAUGGGAUGGAAGCCCCAGAAAGUCCCCAUUGUUCCUUCGGAUGGUGGAAUUUCGCGAACAAGGGAGACUUCACUUCCUGUUGAGGAGAUGACCAAAGCCUUGGCAGAGAAGGGAUUUGAUGUAAUGGUAUCAGAUGAUGCAGGAAGGUUUGUGUGCAAUUACGUUUACUAUCAUUCCCUUCGCUUUGCCGAACUGAAUGGGAUCAAAUCUCUUUUCGUGCACGUGCCACUCUUCGUGACAAUAAAUGAAGAGACUCAAAUGCAAUUCGCUGCUUCCUUGUUAGAGGUGCUUGCCUCUAUACCUUAGAAUCAUUACACUCAAAGUGGGAGCUCCUAUAUUUGUUCUGGUGGUGUGAUUAUGCUUAUGAAAGUGAUGAAUGUAUCUUGAAUGAGAGAGAUAUUUAUAAUAAUAAAAAUAUUGUAUUUAAAUGGAAACGGCCUAUGUAGUAGAGGGACAUUUGCUUUCAUUGGUAAAUGUUUCUGAUUGAAGGUUCAAGCCCGUUGUGAAGACAGUUUGUUU